AUGAGCAAACAAUAUUAUCCUUUAAAAGAACAAAAUAUUGAAAAAGGUGCGAUUGAUGUAUUUAAACAAAAAAUAGAAAAAAAAAAACAAGAAUAUCUAAGAUUCAGUCUAUCAAAGAAUUAUCAAAAUAAAAAAGAAGAAAAUGUAAAGAGAGAAGAAAAUAAUAGCAAUAAUGAUAAAAAAUUGAUAUAUAUAGAAACCUUUGAUACACAUGAUAAAUAUAUUUUAAAUAUGUAUGAUGAAGAAAACAAAAGUUGUGAAGAAGAAACGAAUAAAAAAGAAAAGAAUGAAGUAGCUCGGAAAAAGAGCGAAUGCAAAUUAAAAAGUAAAAAUGAGGAAAACAUAUAUAUUCCUUUAAAAAUAUUAUCAAAUAGAUAUAAUUACAGUGACUUAGUUGAAGCAACAAAUAAUUUUUCUGAAGAAAAUAGAGUUGCCAAAGGUGGGAAUGGAACUGUUUAUAAAGGAAUAUUAAAAAGCUGUAUUAAUGUAGCAAUAAAAGUUUUAAAAAAAAAUGAAAACAAUGGUUUUGAAAAUGAAAUUAUAAUUAUGAGUAGAUAUAGACAUAAAAAUAUUUUAUCUUUAUUAGGUUACUCAAUGAAUAAAAAUUACUUUUAUUUAAUUUAUGAAUAUGCUAAUUUAGGGGAUUUAAGAACUCUUUUAUUUAAUCAUUAUUAUUUUUAUAAUUCCAAAAAUAAAGAGAAUUUAGAAAAUAGUUGUUCAAACUUAAGAUUUGACGAUAAUUUUAUUCCUAAAAAUCAAUGUUAUGGUUAUUCAAAUAGUUGUUUUUCCAAAUAUAAAGCAAAUAAUUUUUUAAGUUCCCAUUUUUUUAAAAAUUUUGGUUCUCAAAGUGAUACAUUUGAAAAUCGUCAACCUCUGUUUUUAUCCUUUAGUGUUAGAAUAAAUAUUUUGGUUCAAAUAAUAAAUGUUUUAUGUUAUUUACAUACAUCUUCUCCUAUAGUAUAUCAUAGAGAUUUAAAAUCCGCAAAUAUUUUAAUAGAUGAAAAGUUUAAUGCUAAGCUGGGAGAUUUUGGUCUAUCAUUUGUUUAUGUAAAUAAUAAUAAUAUAUUUAAUUUGACUGGAGGAACCCCUGGAUAUGCAGAUCCGUAUUAUAUAUCUACCCAUGAAAUAAAUGAACAGACAGAAAUAUAUUCUUUCGGAGCAUUAAUAUUAGAAAUGCUAGUUUCAAAGUCUCCUGCUAUUCAUGUGGGAAAGAACUACAAUUGUAUUUACAAUACAAAUGAGAAAUGCCCCAUAUAUUGUCAUAAACAAAAAAGUGAAAUUGAUGAAAAUGUAUUCGAUUAUUUAGUUAAUCAUAUAAAUAUGAACGAUUAUAAAUCCAUUUAUUCUGUUUUAGAUUAUAGUGUUAAUUUUCCUGAUUUUUUAGUUGAGAAAUUAACAAAACUAUCUUUUUUAUGUUUAAAUCCUAAUAUUAAAAGUAGGCCAUCAUCUAAAUUGGUAAAUUUAAUUUUAUUAGAAAUACAAAAAGAGAGUGAUUUGUUCAUAAAGAAACAAAAGGAAAUGUAUAAAAGGAAAAUUAACAAUAUAAAUAUGUAUUAUGAAGAAUAUGAAAAAGAUAAAUAUAACAAUAAUAUAUCUAAUAAUUAUAGAAUUAAUGAAGAGGAAAAAAUAUAUAUUACAGAUAGAAAAUGUAAUAAAAAUGAAAAUCAUGAUUUAAAAAAUGAAAAAAUUAAAAAUAAUGAAUAUUACAAAAAGAUAAAAAAUUAUAAUGUUUAUAUCAAUCACAUAAGAGAAAUAAAUUCUAAUACUUUAAACCGAUUUUUUUAUAAAUUUAUUCAUCUUUUAUUUAGAAAUGAUAAAUUUCGUAAUUUAUAUAAAGGUGCUUAUGAAAAUCUAUUUUCUGAAUAUUCUCAGAAAAAUAGUGAUGACAAUGUAGAUAAUACACAUCUUAAUAAAGUGCUUACAAAUAAAUACUUAAGUUUUAAAUACAACACAAUUAGUAAUGUGAGUAAUAUAAAAGGCUUUUUUUUUGAGAAGUCACAUAGAGAUUCUUUUAAUAAAAUUUUUUUUUUUAAUCCAUUUUCUUUUAAUUUGAUGAAUUGCUAUUUUUUUAUAUAUAUUUAUAAUUAUUUGAGGAAUAACUUAUAUGAUUCAAAAAAUAUAUCUGUUAUAAAAGAUCGUGACAAACAUUGUCAUUUCAAAAGUUAUAGUAGUUUAUAUUAUUCUGAUAAAAUAAAUCACUAUAAACAAAUAAAUUGUGAAAUUAAGGAAAAAUAUAGUAACUACAGAGGAAGUAAUGGUAAUAAAAGAAAAGAUAUUAAAAAAGAAUAUAAUAUAAGGUUUAAUGAUAAUGAUAAUAUUAAUAAAUAUAAUAAUUUUUUAAGUGGAGAGAAAAAUAUUGAAAAAAAUAUUUUUACCCAAGAACAAAGAUAUAGUUUUAUGGAAAAAAGUAUUAAUAAUGAUAUUUAUUAUCAUGAUAUGAGCAAUAAAAAUAAUAUGUCUAAUAGAUACUAUAAUUGCACUUCUAUUAAUAACAGUGAUUCAUUAAAAAAUCGUCUUAAUAUAAGUAAUGAUAAUCAUAAAAAUAAUGUUAUAUUUAUGAACAAAAGUUAUGUGAAUAAUAAAUAUAAUAAUUUAGAUUACAUAAAUAAUGAUAGCAGUAAUACGUAUAAUGAAUAUAUUGAUAGUAUUCAAAUUAAUAACCAAAGUAGCACAAAUUAUGAAAAUAUAAAUAAUUAUAAAGAUAGUCAAAAUAAAGCGAAAAAUCAAAAUUUCUACGAUAUAAGUAAUAAAAGCAUUAAUGAAGAAGAAAAGAAAAAUAAUGCAUAUUCAAGCUGUGAACCUUUUAAUGAUUCAUAUAAUUUAUAUCAAUCGAAAAAUGAAAAAAAAUUAUAUAAUAAUUUUUGCUCUAAUAAGUGGCCUUUAAAAAGAAAUUGUAGAAAUAAUACACCCAAAAUGAUUUUUAAUAUUAAAAAAGAGAAUAAUAUGGAGUUAAAAGAAAAUUGCAUAAAUAAUAAAAAGAAAAUUAUGAGAAUAAAUAUUUCAAUUGAUGAAGAAAAAAAAUCAAAUGAUUGUGAAAAAUAUAAAUGUAACUUAAAAAAAGAAGACAGUAAUUCUAAAAAUAAUAAUGAUAAAGUUUGUAAGUCUUCAUUGAAAAAUUAUAAUACCCUUAAAAAAGAAAAUAAUAAUACAAUAGUAGAAAAAGAUUCUUUUAUUCCUAUUAGAGAUAUAAAGGAAAAUAAUAUAAUAUAUAUUUCUAAUUUUAUAAAUUUUAUUAACUUUGAUAAAAAUAGGAAUGUGAAUAAUUCUAAUGUUUUUUCAUGGUUUAAUAAAAAUAUAUUUGAAAUGAUAAUAGAUGAAAAUAAGGUUGUUUCUGAUGUUACUUUCUUAGAUAUCUUGUAUGAAUUUAAUAUUUUAAAUUUCAAAGAAAAUAAUGAAAAAAAUUGCCAUAGUAAAAAUAAAUAUUUUUUAAGAGGAGAGUGGAAUGAUUAUGAUAAGGUUGAAAAUAAGUUUACUUCGGUUAAUGCACAAAGUAAUUUUUUUUUUGAAAUAGCAGUAUACCAUGAUGAUAAAAAAAAUAUUCACAAUAUUUUUUUAUUAAAAUCAAAUCAAUUAAAAUAUUUUGCAUGUGACCAAAACAAAAGUACAACCAAAAAGAUAUGGAUUUCUGAUUAUGUAGGUAGGAGAAAUGAGUUUGUUGAAAAAAUUUUAAAAAAAACAAUUUCCAAUAUUUUAUAUGAAUGUAUAAGUAGAAAACACUGUUUAUUUUUAUUAGAAGUACAAAUGAAAACUUUAAAUAAACCGUCAUGUUAUGAUCAUAAAAUAAAAGGAGACUUUUUAUAUUAUUAUUUUGAAUAUAAUGUAAAAGUUUUAUGUAAUAGUGAAAAUUGUAUUUUUUCUAAUAAUUAUGUAUUAUAUAAAAAUAAUACAUAUUCUUAUAGUUUACCAAAUAAUAUUUUAUCAUUACUUGUGUUUUCUGAGGAUAAAAUUAUUAAAGAUGUUUGUCAAAAUAAAAAUUCAUCAACAGCAACACACAGGAUUCAUUUUCCUCUUUAUCCGUUUUUUGUUAAUAUAAAUUUCUAUAAUGAAAAAUAA